AUGGCGGUGGGGGGCGCCGCUGCACGCGUGGCGGCCCGCGGGGCACGCGUGGCCAGGUCACCGGGGAGCACGCGGGCGCGGGCAGGGGAGGGCGCACGGCUGGGGCAGAGCGGCUGGGGGGGGGGAACGCGCGGGGCACUGCAUGUGCGUGAGAACGGCGGCGUGGGCGAGAGCCGGGAGUGCGGGGCGAGCGUGGGGCCGCGCAGGUGGGGACGGCCACUGGGCUCCGAGGAGGCACUGAGGCUGCUGGAGGCCUCCGUGGUGCACCGAGAAGGAGCCCUGGUGGCGCUGAACAAGCCCUCUGGUCUGCCCAUCUCGGGGCUUUCUGGGGAGCUAAGCCUGUCGGUGCUGCUGCCCUCACUGAGGCGACGCCUGGGCCUUCCUGCUGAGCUCCACGUGGUGAAGGCUCCCGCCAGGGAAUGUUCUGGCCUCAUCCUCCUAUCCAGCUGCCACCGCACCACUGAGCAGCUGCAGCAGUUCUUCAGUGAUGCCCGACGGAGAGGCCAGUACCCUGUCACGUACCAUGCUGUCACUGUGGGAGUCCCAGCAGAGGCAGAGGGUGAGAUCCGCACUGGGCUGCGCUGGCAGCAGCAAGGUGACACUGCCACGGUGGUGCCAGUGCCAGUCCCAGGGCCCCGCAGCUUGGCCAGGAAGGAGGUGAAGAGCACCCUGACACGCUACCGAGUGCUGGGUGCCACAUCUGGCUGUGCCCUCCUCCAGCUGCAGCCCAAGACAGCCUUCCCAGAGCAGCUGCUGGUACACCUGACACUGCUGCUUUGCCCGGCCCUGGGUGACCACCAAUACUCUUCCCGUGUGGGCAGAGUGCUGGGGGUGCCCUUCCUCCUGCCACCUGAGGCCGCCUGCACCCGCACACAGGUGCUGGAUGAGGAGCUGCUGGGCCGGCUGGGGCUCUCCCCAUGGCAGCUCCGUUUCUCCCCAGUCCACCUCCACCUGCAGCAACUGGUGCUGCCCCAGGGCCCACUCUGUGCCCCACCCCCCACACACUUCCUGCGCACACUGCGCUGCCUUUGGGGCCUGCCUGGGUAUUGCUGGGACCACCAACCCCUCAAGUAG